AACAUCAGAGUGCUAGCGAAACUAGCGAGCUGUUAGCUAUUUAUCGAACGAAAUGUUGUCAGUAGAAGACGCGAUAGAUUUCAUACGCUUAGAUAUGUAAGAAAAUGUCAAAUGAAUAGGUGAAAAUUGCCCAGAGAGAGAGAGAGAGAGAGCGACAGAGAUUGUGAGAAUAGCGAUUUAUCUGGUCGAAAACCCUAAACGGGAACGACGGCAGUCGAGCGGUGAAGAAUAAGAAAAAAAAAAACGUACGACGUGGUAAAAUGGUGCACAUAAAUAAUUCCGGCAAAAACAAAGAGCGCUCUGUGAAGGUCGGUAACCAAAAGAAGUUGCUGCUAGGUUUUAACACUACCAUGAGUGACUUAAAGGCCUAUUAAGAGCAUGUUUGAAUGAUAAGUGGUUUUAUAAAUUGGUUAAACAGCCAACGGACAAUAAGUAAAAUGAUAAGAUGAGGUAUAGCGUGUGAAUUUAAGCAUACUUGUUUCCAUUCAUAUGUAUGUCUGCUAUGACUGAGUCAAAAAAAUUUAUCCAGACGAACGGCAAAUUUUGUUUGGAAAACCUGGGAUCGUUAUCAAUCACGGAAUUUACUACAGACAAUAAUUAAAACUGGGCAACUUAAAUAAGAAAGCGAGACAAAGAUUGAUCAGCAUUGCGCUUUCACUGCGCAAUCACAUAUUCACAAUAAAUUCGGGGACAUGUCACUUCUACUUGCUUCAACUGUCGGUUCGUUGGGAGUCGCUGUCGGCUCCGUCGCUGUUUUAGAGCCUGGAGAUAAGAUCAGCUUCAGACGCGGCGCCUGUCUGUCCGCUUUGGGAUUCAUAUUUUUUCUCUCCCUAUUCGACUUCCUCAAUCACAUGGCACUGAGAACCCGCACUGGUUCUCGCAUCAGGAAGAAGUACCAUCUGACGUCACCCGAUGUUUUAGAGAUAUCUAACAAAGUCGUCUCCGCCGUUCAAGCUGCGCUGAGUUGUGUAACGGGUUCUAUAGUCUGCAUGUGGUCUUGCACAAGAUCAUUCCUUCACGCGUCUCAUUUCAUGAGUGAAGCAUAUGCUUGGUUCGGAGCUUCCUACUUCUUCUACGAUAUUUGGUCGAUGUACCGAGUGCACGCCAGCAUAUCAGAGCACAAAAAAGACCAAAAAUCUGAUGCUGGUCACAUAGUAAAUGUUCGACUUUAUCUCAAGGAACAACCAGUCAUUGUAAUGCAUCAUCUGUUCAUCGGCAGCUUUGGAUUUUUGAUCAUAGUUUACUUACGCGGGGGUCUAGGUGACUGCAUCUUUGGCUUUGUUUAUCUCAUGGAACUCAGUACACCCUUUGUCUCCAUGCGAGGAAUACUAAGUAGACUUAAGAUGAAAUCCACUCAAUUAUACGUGACCAACGGACUGAUUAUGAUAGGGACCUUCUUCAUAUGCAGAGUGGCGAUGUUUCCGUAUCUUUGCUACUUGUACAGCGAACUGGUUGGUUUGCCUUACUUUGAGGCAAUAAUGGCUCUGCCUCGUGGCUGUAAGAUCAGCAUUGCGAUAUUAUUGCUGCCGCAGAUGUAUUGGUUUGUUUUAAUGGUAUUGGGAGCCAUAAAGGUUUUCAGUCUAAAAACAAAUAAACAGCAGAAUGGCAAUGCUAGUUUGAACAGCAGCUGUGGUAAUAACAAGAGUAUAAAACGACUCAACGGUAAAUUGCACAGCUGAUCUAAAUGUAAGAUCAAGUUCCUCCACUCUUGUUGAGUAAGUAAGUCACCUAAAUCAUGUUUUAGGCAAUUAAUACGAUAUUCGUAUAUAGUCGGAAAGUAUUAGGCGAUGUUAUCGAUUUUCGUGUAAAUUAUUGUAAUAUUAACCAGGCUUUAUUGUUAUUAUUACUAUUAUUAUUAUCAUUAUCAUCAUUAUUAUCAACAUCUUUCAAUGUGAUAUACACAUGAUUCUUUUAUCGUAAUCAGUAACUAACCAUAUUACUUGAUUUACAAUGAAUUCGACUUGAAUUUACGAGUCAUUUACAAGAAAUCACCCACCCCUAAUAAGCUUUAUAUGUCAAAUAACACGUAGUUAAAUAUCUGUCUUUAACGAACUUAAGAAGGAAAUUUUUGAGGUACACGAGAGAUCAAAAAAAGAUUGAUGAUUUUUGUCAUCGGUCUGGAGUAUAUGUGUAUGUUAUUCUUGCAUCAAAGUGUAAAAUGUAUAUUCAUAAAAAAUACGGUUCAUACACACACACUAUUUAUUUUUCAGUAGUAAUGUAUUUAGCUAUCGCUAAUUGAUAUGGUCAAUAAGUUUCUCAAGGCUUAUUGUUCAUCCUUGAUUUUAUACCUACUUCUUUGCACCAACUAUACUAAGAUGAUGCAAUGCAAUAGUCAAAUGUUACGACUCAUCGAAUUAUUUAUUCAAAUAAUGUAUUUAUACUCGUGUUUAAAUUUUGAUCUGGCAAUCGAUGAGUAAAAGUUGUAUAUUUCACCAAUUGUUUCUAACGUAAUAGACUGAAAAUUUUGUUCCUAUGCUGAAUUGCUAAAGAAUUUAAUAAGCGAUGUAAUAUCGUCUUUGAAUUUUUUAUGUUUACAUGAGAAAUAUUUAGCAGCAGAAGAACACAGGUCUCUUAAUUUUUUUUUUUUUUAAUUGAUGUGUGUGUUGCCAUUUACCGCUUUCGAUGAGUACUCUACUAUAUUUGAUAGUUUACUGUGCUGUUGGAUCAUACAAAAUAUUAAAUUUGAACCCUUUUUAAUUGAGCUAUGUUUUAGUCAAUGUCAUUUUGAUGCAAAGAAUCACGUUGACAAAUCGGUCUUUUAAUCUUAAAUAUCGUCUAGGUGUAAUACUGAGGAACGUGGAAAAUAUUUCCAUUCAAAGAUCUUUGAAAAUUUCGAUGAAUUUUGUCUGCUAAUAUCAUAUUCACACGAAGAUGAGAUUUUGUGUAAUUUUAUUUGGUAUAUUCUUAGAUCUCACAAUACAAAUCUAAAUGUGUCUUAUAUUUAAUUACAAAUCCUACAAUUCGGAAUUUCACUUUUCUCUAAGCCGGACAUUUCUACGUUAAUAUGAUAUCCACUUAUAUUAUACUAUAUACUAUAUUUUUUUGCGAAACUCAUUUUUGGAACUGAGGGAUUUGGUAUAAUAUAUUUUUAGAAGAAAAAUGGUAGAAAGUGACUGAUAGAGCUUUUACAUAAGAGUUUACUGAGCUUCAUGGGUAUGAUAAAUUCGAACCAGCGUAUUACAUAUUAUUAAAACUUGUUGAUUAAUGUUUAUUUCUACAUAUAAAAGCACAAACUUUAUUACCGACAAUGUGUAGUCCCAGUCCACUGUGUGUAAACAUUCAUAUUUUUGAAUUGCUUGAACAUUUUCUUCAGCUUUCUGGUGCCAUGCAGCAAAUAUACUUCUGGUAUAUAUUUAUUAUUAUUGUAUACAAAUGAUGUAUACAGAUGAAAUCUUCAAAUAAACUAAUUGAAUCAUGUGAUUUGCAAAUUGUAAUUAAUACUGAAAUAUCGGGAAAAUGAAACAUGUAGUAGUGAUUGUAUGAAUUAGUUACAAUGAUAUUUCUUUGUUCAAAAUUUUUAUUAAUAAGUGUUCCGAUGUAACAAAGAUAUGUCAAAAUGUUAGCUGAGAUCAGGAUUCAACGAUUUGGCAGCAAUCAAUGUAAUACGCAUAAUUAUAUCUUCCAAGAGCUUGAAUUAAAUAACGCCACGAUUCUCUCAGCUCUUUGAAGUCUACUUAAGGAGUAGGAUCUGAUAAGGCUCUUUUUCGCGCAUUACAACAUGUAAAAUAUACUGACUGCCGUGGUGAUACAGCACAAAUCAUAAUGCUAUAAUCUAUAUUUAAUGCAUAUAGCGCACAUUAAAAUUUCCUAGACUGAAGCCAUGAUUUUGGAAUAUCUUUGGCCAAUUUACAAAAUAGAGAAAUACCAAAUUCAAAUCAGAUGUGUAAUAUGUAAAGGAAAUCGAUCGACUGAGAUUAUAAACCAUAUAGAGAGAUAUAAUGUACUAACAAUUUGAUAUUAUUUAAAUUAAAUAUUUACCUGGAUCUAAUCUUGAUAUCCGAAACAUCCGUAUAUUUACUUAUUUAGUCGUUGUCUAGUCAUGCCAUUAUUAUUAUUAUUAUGAAACUGUGUGUAGUAUAAUAUAAUAAAUAUCUAAUUUAAGUACAUAACAAGCAUUUGAAUACGUACAUAGUUCUAUAUGCAUAGAAAUAAAAAUCAAUACAAUGUUUUGAAAUAAUCAUGUUACAGCUAAUAAAUAGUAUAUGAAGUGUUGAAA